CAUUGAUGGGUGUCAAACUAAUUGCACAGUGCACAGCAAAUAUUUUGAAAUAAAACCAAAAUGUCUUUUCUGUCCAACGCAUUAAUUGGAAAUCCAUUUUCCACGGCUGUAGGGAGUAAAAUUGAACAAGCUACAGAUGGAACUUUGGCAUCUGAAAACUGGGCACUUAAUAUGGAAAUAUGUGACCUAGUAAACGAGACAGAGGAAGGACCACGGGAUGCCAUUAAGGCCAUUCGCAAACGACUUUCGCAAAAUGCAGGAAAAAAUUAUACUGUAGUUAUGUACACAUUAACUAUACUUGAGACGUGCGUAAAAAAUUGUGGAAAAAAGUUUCAUGUCCUAGUUUGCAACAAAGAAUUUAUUCAGGAGUUGGUAAAAUUAAUAGGACCAAAAAAUGAUCCACCAACUGCCGUUCAAGAAAAAGUUUUAAGUUUAAUACAAUCCUGGGCUAGUGCAUUCCAAAAUCAACCUGAGAUGUCUGGUGUAACAACUGUUUAUCAAGACCUGCUCGCCAAAGGAAUAGAAUUUCCUCCUACUGAUUUGGAUUCUUUAGCUCCUAUUCAUACUCCAAAAAAAAGUGUUACUUCCGCUAGAGUGGUAACUGAACCUCAUGCGCCUCAACCUACAACCCCGGAAGGCGACGUUCCCGGCCCGACGGGAUAUUUAACUCCCGAACAAAGAGCAAAAUUGCAGAGUGAAUUAGAUGUUGUUCAGAGUAAUAUGAGUGUUUUGGGUGAGAUGUUAUGCGAGUUAAAGCCGGGAGAAGAGCAACCUGAUGAACUGGAAUUAUUACAGGAACUCCAUGCGGUUUGUCAUAGUAUGCAGGAAAGACUGGUAGAAUUAAUAAAUAAAUUACCUAACGAUGGUUUAUUCGAAGAAUUGCUUAGAAUAAACGACGACUUAAACAAUUUGUUUCUUCGGUACAGCAGAUGGGAAAAGAAUAGGGAAGCGGGUAUGAAACAGUCUGCAUCUGCGGUCAUCGCGAAAGCUAUUCCUCCAACCUCGAAGCCUCCAUUAGAACCAAGCGAUAGCCUUAUAGAUUUUGGAGACGAUAUUCCGGAACAGUUAAACAAAAUUAGUGUGUCCGAACCGAAUUCGUCGCAUAGCACGAAUAAACCUGAAAGCACGGAUAAAACAAAUUAUGACGAAUUCGACAUGUUUGCCCAGUCAAGAAAUGUAACAUAUGAAAACUCGAAACAAAGUGGUAGUACUUAUAAAGAUAACUUAGAGCCUGAUCAAGUGUCAGGAGGUCUAAGCUCUUUUACGCAAAGGAAGCAGUCUAAUCCUGAGGAUCGUGAAUUUGAUGAAAUGGCCAAUUGGCUUGGCAAUACGCCUGGAGCAGAAGAAGCAAUCUCAAGCAGUGAUUUUGAGAGGUUCUUGGCUGAACGGGCGGCAGCUGCGGAUAAUUUGCCAAAUGUAACCACUUCUAACACAAAUGUUACAAACACAUCAAAAGAUAAUAAAAAAGCAGAUUUAUUUUCAGUAUAAGUAAUUAAUUGAUUAUCGGCUUACAAUAACUACAGUAAUCUAUUUUGUAAGUAGUUGUUAGAAUAUUUUUAAAUGCUUGAUUUUAUAGCUAUAUCUGAUAAUAUAUAACUUAAUAUAUAAUAUAUUUACACGGAUGUAUUACGAGAACCGUUGUUUAUGAAUAUUACAGGAAGGAAUACAAAUUAAAAUCCAUAAAAUUUUAUAUGAAGGUUCUCAAUAUACGGCUAUUGCCAGAUGGUUUUUCUUAUUU